CUUCUGUUAUAAACUCAUAGCCGCCAUCUUCCUCCUUUUUCCUUCAAUUUCAAAGAGUAAAACACCUUGUAAGCUAAUUCAGUAAUUCAAUGGCGGAUUCUACUAGUUCCGGUAAAGAAAGUAGUAAUGAUAGCGACGGUACUUCUUCAGGCUUUAGCGAGCCAAUGGCAGAGACCCCUCAGGCUCAGGUAACUCAGGUGAACUCAUUUAGAAUGCCUAACAUGGACGAACUUCGUGCACAAGAAGUCUGGAACAAUUGUGCUAUUCGUAGUGUUGCUAGUGGAGUUAUGGGAGGAGGGCUUGGGUUGUUCAUGGGUUUGUUUCUAGGUGCACUCGAUAAUCCAUUAAUGCAAGAUGAGAUGAGUGCCAGACAGCAGUUUGUUUAUACUGCUAAGCAAAUGGGGCGGCGGAGUUGGAGUUCUUGUAAAACUUUUGCAGUUAUGGGAUUCGUUUUCUCAGCUGCUGAGUGUAUUGUUGAAAAGGCUCGAGCUAAACAUGAUGUUACUAAUACAGUUGUCGCUGGCUGUGUCACUGGAGGUUCAAUGUCUGCAAGAGGUGGUCCAAAAGCAGCAUGUGUUGGUUGUGCUGGGUUUGCAGCAUUCUCAGUGGUAAUAGAGAAGUUCCUAGAAAGACAUACAUGACAAGCAAUUCUUGGGAUGUUUCUUCAAUUUUGUCUGAUUCAAUUUAUAUGCAAAAUUGCAAAGUUUCCUCCUAAUUCCAAGUUAAUGGAAGAAAAAUUUGUUAUUUGGCAAUGAUUAAGCUAAAGUUGGGCUACAGUCUUUCAACUGGGAAUAGGGGGCUGUUUAGAUUUUAUAACAAUUCAUAUUAUUAUAUAUCAUAGAUUUCUCAAUUUUGUAAGGUCAACAUAGGAAAUAUUGUCUCUACUUACUAUCAAGUAUCAACAUUUAAAAUUCCUAACCUAAUGUCUAUGUAAUGGAUAAUUAUACAAUACAACCGUUGCGUGAUGUCA